UCACUGUUAUUUAUUUAUGAUUAUCUUUAGGCUCAGCAAAGAUUUGAUGUCAGCUGUUGCUGUUUUUUUUUUUAUAUAUAGUUAAUACUGAAAUAGAACCCUGCUGUUGUGUUAGGGCUUUUUCUUAAAUACAAUUUAAAAAUGUCGAUACAGUAGCUGUCCUUUUUUUAAAUGUCUAUGCUUAAGUUGUUAUAAGCUAGGUGUUGCUAUCUGCUUUGGGUAGCGUGGUUCUACAAGCAAGUCAGUGCAUUCAUUGGGUGGUAUCAGCAAGGGUCUGUAAAUUGAAUGAAAACAAUUGGCCACAGCAAAUCAUUUAUAUUAAAAAUGUAAUUUUUACUUUUGAAUACUUCAGUACAAAGGAUGUAUUGAAUACGUUAAGUGAUAUGUGUGUACAAAUAUAAAUCAUUUGUCAAAACAGGGCUACAUUUGAUUGAAUUAUAAAAGGUAUAUGUGGUCAAAUGAAGAGCAGUUUGGGAGCCGAAUGAGCCGGCUCUUCUUGGUUAGCCGAGCCAAAUGAUCCGGCUCACUGAAAAGAGCUGGAAUUCCCAUCACUAUUCAGAACUACAUUACCCAGGAUUCCCUUCUGUGAAAGCCGUAUAUAAAAUUGAUUAACAACACUGUCGCAGUUUAUUACGUGACAUAAUAGAGCAGGUGUGUUAGUACUUCUUCCUGAUUUAUACUCGCUUUAGAGUCUAUUGACUGCAAUUUGGAUUAUAAAAUGGCGUGUCCUGCAAAUCAGACAGUGGAGUUGAACCAAGCCCUCCUCGCCCUCGACUGGCUUCUGGGUACCUGGGAGUCGGAUGAACCUGGUGAGGGCAAUUUUCCCUCCAUAAAACCUUUCCACUACAUAGAGACACUGAACUUCAGCCAUGUGGGACAACCAGUCAUCAACUUCACGUUUAACGCCUUCCAUGCAGAGACCAAAAAGCCCAUGCACAGGGAGUGUGGUUUCAUUCGAAUGCAGCCGGGAACUAACAGAGUGGCGUUCAUCAUCGCACAAAACUCAGGUCUGGUGGAGAUUGAGGAGGGGGAUCUGACCGGGCAGCAGCUGAACCUUCAGAGCCAGGCGGUGGCCCGGACCUCCUUCGCCAGAGAGCCGUAUGUGCAGAAGAUUUCUCGAGUGAUUCAGCUCCGAUCAGAUGGGAGGCUGGAGCAGAGCGUUUCCAUGGCAACAGACAACCAGCCUUUGAUGCAGCACUUGCACAUCACCUACCGUCGGUCAUCAUAACCCAACAGGCUGCUGGGCUUCUUAUAAUAGCAGUAUUUUGGUCAGGAAAGACAAAUGUUGCUGAAAUGGGGCAUGAUGAAAAAUCACUGUUAAGUCAACGAAUCAUUUAAAACAGCUUGGGGUAGGGUGUGUAUUAUUGCAUUACAUACAAUAACUGAGAGUCAGGCAUUACAGUGAGAAAUGUGUAGAGUUAUAUUCAAAAAUGUAAAAAGCCCUGUGGAGUUUUCUUAUGAACAAACACACAUUAUGAUUAUAUUCAGUUUCAAACACCGUGUGUGUGUUCAUGAGGUUUAACAAAGCACAUUUCCUUCCUCAUAGAACAAGGUAUUUCAAAUACUCCAUUUACAGCCAUGGUAAAGAGCAACCUGUCUUCUUCUUCCCUGCAUUUGCUGGCAUUCUGCUGUAUAUCUCAGUACAUUACCAUCACCUGUAGAUUACUGAAAUAGAGUUAAACCAGAAACUACAGGUAUAAAACUCCACUGGGACAAUUUAUUAAAAAAUAAAUUAUUAUUAUUAUUAUUAUUUGCACUUAAUGGCCUUGGCUAAGUACGGAUGCUUACGGUAUAUUUAUAUAUAUUGUCUGGAUAUUUAUUCUUGGAGCUGGUCAGCUUAUAAAGCACUGAUGAACUAAUGUUGUGCUGUGUUCUCAUGUCUUGAACUUUCAUUGCACUAAGUUACAAUUGAAAGCUAAAGUAACUGCUGUCCUGCUGGAGUGAAUGAAAAGGGUUGUGUGUAAAAGGUCAGUUAUUCUUAUGAGUGUUAUUGUGGUUAUGGUAAAGAGUGUCAUUUAUGUGUUUGUUUGGUUUAUGUCUGUCAGUGGACAGGUUCAUAAAUAUAGAUGUUCUCACACGGGUUGCAUUAAAAAGAAAAGUGAUAUGACUUA